GUAAAAGCAAACCUAUGACGCUGAGGAUGAUGCUCUUCACAAUCUAUCUCCGAUUCGAAUUCUGAAGCCUGCGCGAGAUAAAUUUAACAAAACCCUACUGCCUCUGCUUCUUAAUUUGUCCAAUUGCCUUCAUAAAUCUUGGUGUCUGCUAUUGUUACCCUCUUACUUUCCUCUCCAACUAUUCGAUUUGCAGCCCUAAUUUUCACAAUGACUGAGUAUUGGGUCAGCCAGGGGAACAAAUGGUGUGACUUCUGCAAGAUCUAUAUAUCGAAUAAUCCAGCUAGUAUUAGAAAUCAUGAACUCGGUCAACGUCAUAAAGAUAAUGUUGCUAAGAGGCUCGAUGCUAUGAGAAAAGAAGGUGCUGCUAAGGAGAAAGAACAACAAGAAACUGCCCGUGCCCUGGAGCAAAUUGAAGCAAAAGCACAGCGUAGCUAUCAAAAGGAUGUGGCGAAGUUUGAGGUAGCCAGAGAAUCACGUGCACCAGAUGUCCUAGGUGAUGGUCAAGAAUGGGAGGUCGACAGCAGUUCGGGCUAUUAUUACCGUCAGACAAAUGGUUUCUAUUAUGAUCCAAAGUCAGGGUUCUACUAUUCUGAUGCCAUAGGCAAGUGGGUGACUCAAGAAGAGGCAUAUGCCUCACCUCACUUUUCUUCUAAUUCUGGGCAUAACGGACCCACUGUUAAAAAACCAACGUCAGCUUCACAAUCCAAAUCAGUUGAAGAUAAAUGCGCAAGUAAGUCUCAAAGUGGACCUGCACCUGGACCAGUACUGUCAACUGCUGUGAACCCGAUGAGAUCUACGAAAGCAGCCCCUUCCUCUCUUGCUGUGGGAAAGAGAAAGAGAGCUCCAGAUGCAAAAUCCAAGGUUAUGUCCAAAGAAGAAAAAGCAGCUCUCAAGGCAAGAGAGGCUGCCAGGAAAAGAGUAGAAGAGAGGGAAAAACCCCUGCUUGGGCUGUACAGCAAGCCUUACUGACCAUGGAGAAUACUCUGAGCCGCUGGAUUUUGAUGGUUAUAAUUGUCGCAUUAGAGUUCAGCUGGAAUCUUCUUAGAUAGCUAGAACCUACCCCUUCACCUAUAAAAUUACAAUUACAAGUGAGCAUAUACAACUUUUGACAAGGUAGAGCACUAUGAUUCAUGGUUGAAGUUGUGACCUUUAUCCAGCCGAGGAUGUGUCGUUUCUUCCUUUUAACUUGGGUUGUAAUCGGUGAGGAUGUUCUAGGGUGAGGAACGCCUUGUUAAAAGAACUGGUGAAUUAGACAGAGUUUCGUGAUGCACGUGCUUGGUUCAAGGCGAAAUAAAUUGUGGCAAGGUAAUUUUGUUUUUGGAA